UUUCUUUCUGGUCGGAAGCUCUUAGAUAUAAGCCAUACCUAGCGAACCAGCAUGGGCAUUCUUUGUGCUUGCUCGUAGUGACUGUUUCCUUUCGAAAUGUCUGGCCGUGGAAAGGGCGGAAAAGGCUUGGGGAAAGGGGGAGCGAAAAGACAUCGGAAGGUGCUCCGCGAUAACAUUCAAGGCAUUACGAAGCCGGCUAUCCGCCGUUUGGCUCGCCGUGGUGGGGUGAAGCGGAUUUCCGGGCUGAUCUACGAGGAGACCCGAGGAGUGUUGAAGGUGUUCCUGGAGAACGUGAUCCGGGACGCCGUGACCUACACCGAGCACGCCAAGAGGAAGACCGUCACGGCCAUGGACGUGGUCUACGCGCUGAAGCGCCAGGGCCGUACCUUGUAUGGCUUCGGCGGCUGAUGCUGAUUCCCAAACCAAGAAGACAGAAUAACGGCCCUUUUAAGGGCCACCCA